GAUCGCAGAGUUUCCCACUGGGCACCUCCGACAAUCAGGUGCACGGCGAACAAUCCUCUCCACUCACUUCCGUUUCCUCCGUUCUGCCCUGCACCGUUAAAAUAACAUUAAUCACCGACAGCUUGUCCGACGACCGGCGUCCGCAUCACCAGCGCACCCGACACGCGAACAGCCGGGAUCUCUGCUCAACAUCACCUGCAGCGCCGCGCAAACCACCACGUUUGCCGGCUCAUCUUCUUGUCCCGCAUUUCCCCCUCCGAACCAAUCCAGACUCGCCUAAAAAGAGAACCAUGCCGCCGACGAGCAACCUCUUCCGCGCGGCCCGGCCGGCCUUCCGCGCCCGCCACUUCUUCUUCCGCCCCAAGCAGCGCAACACCGCGCGCUUCCAGAGCACGGCCGCCGGCAGCGCCGAGCAGGCGACCGCCGAGUCGUGGGCCAAGCGCAUGUGGAACAGCCCCGUGGGGCUCAAGACGGUGCACUUCUGGGCCCCCAUCAUGAAGUGGGCGCUCGUGAUCGCGGGCAUCUCCGACUUCACGCGCCCCGCCGAGAAGCUCUCGGUCUCGCAGAACGUCGCCCUGACCUGCACCGGCCUGAUCUGGACGCGCUGGUGCCUGAUCAUCAAGCCCAAGAACUACCUCCUCGCGGCGGUCAACUUCUUCCUCGGCAUCGUCGGUGUCGUCCAAAUCACCCGCAUCGGCCUGUGGCGCCAGUCGCAGAAGGCGAUCGCCGCCGCCAAGCCGGAGGAGGUGAAGGAGGCGGUGGUGAAGUCAUAGACGGACGGAAUCAGGGGGUUGGAUGGAUGAAGAAGAAGGAGGCGAGCAGGAGGUGUUCGGUAGAGACUUAAGAACGGUAGAGGGGGGCCGCGACGCUCAGCGGGCUGGGGUUGGGCGAUUCAGGCACCUGGCCCUCUUUGUAGAAGCAGCACGGGCAGGGGUGGAGCAGCCUUGGGCCUGGACAGUGGGUGGGUGUUGAAACUGAGACCCGGGAAGGGGCCCCCUUCAGGGGCCGCGUAACCGGUCUUGGAUCUGUACAACAAUAGUGGGGCUUCGGUGUGCCAGUGCGUUCAGCUUUGCGAAUCAUGCGUGCUGUUACAUGGCAUUGUGUGUGGCUUUAUAUUCCGGUUUAUGUUCCGGGGAUUGGUUGGUGGGCAAGAGGGCGGUUAGAGAACAAACAGUUACCUCAGAUGAUCAC